CAGUCAUUGACACAUACACAAGACAAGCGAACGAUGCUUCAACAGAGUAACGAAUUAUCGACUGCUUUUAUUCAGCUCCAAUCAAGACUUGCUGCUCAGAAGAUGCCUUCGACACAAGCGAAACAAGUGCUCGCUCAUGCUCUCAUCGAAACCCUCCAAAAUUGGUGCAUGCAGCUCUUCUGGAUGACAGUUCUGUGCGUUAUCAACUGCUGUGCCGAAGAGGACGAGAAAAAACCGAAGAGAAAGCACCAAGAGCAUCCAGAAUUCAAGAAGAGAAUUGAGGAUAUUGAGCAGAAGAUGCUCCGCCACCUCACCUCGCCAAUGAUUUCGGGACCACUUCGCCCAGUCCGAAAGCUCAGCUCUCGACGUGUUUUCUCGUCAAGACCGCCAAGCCCACAACUGUUCGAUAUUGCCGAGGAAGAGUAGAUUCCCCCUAUCUUCACACAAAUUGCCACACACACAACUAAUCUUUUAUCCUUUUUCCCGACCAUUUCUCACAUUCUUGAUCUGUUUAUAUAUACGAGUAGCUCUUCUAAAUCAUUACGUGUAAAUUGAUAGGUGCCCCACGAGACCCCUCAUGUCCAUGUGUUUGCAUUCCUCGAAACGAACGAUGAAUAAACG